AUGUUAUUGAAAUCUACUUCUGCUAGUGAAAUUUCAGUGUACCAGGUUAGUGGUACCAAUAUUGCAAGGUCCUUGCCAGAUUGGAUAGCAAAGAAGCGUAAAAGAUCAUUGAAAAAUGACUUAGAAUAUCAGAAUAGAGUUGAGUUGAUCCAGGAUUUUGAAUUUAGUGAAGCUUCUAACAAAAUUAAAGUCUCUCCAGAUGGGAACUAUGCUAUGGCUACUGGUACAUAUAAACCCCAAAUACAUGUCUAUGACUUUAGUAAUUUGUCUAUGAAGUUCGAGAGACACACCGAUGCAGAGAACGUUGAUUUCUGUAUUCUUUCAGAUGACUGGACUAAAAGUGUUCACUUGCAAAAUGAUAGAACCAUUCAGUUUCAAAACAAAGGUGGGAUCCAUUACACAACCCGUAUACCAAAGUUUGGUAGAUCGUUGGCAUAUAAUAGGGUAAACUGCGACCUGUACGUUGGUUCAUCGUCGAAUGAGCUUUAUAGAUUAAAUUUGGAACAGGGUAGAUUUUUAAAUCCAUUCAAGUUGGACACAGAAGGUGUGAACCAUGUUUCAUUAAACGAUGUUAACGGUCUUUUAGCAGCCUCUAUGGAAACGAAUAUUGUUGAAUUUUGGGAUCCUAGGAGUAGGUCCAGGGUGGCUAAACUGCAGCUAGAAAACGACUUGGAUUCAAGUCCAUUCCAAGUUACUUGCUCUAGUUUCAAGAACGAUGGAUUGAAUUUUGCAUGUGGUACCUCCAAUGGUUACUCGUAUAUUUAUGACUUAAGAACGUCAGAACCAAGCAUAGUGAAAGAUCAAGGUUAUGGAUUUGCGGUUAAUAAGAUUAUAUGGCUUGACUCUGUUGAAGAUUCUAACAAAAUUCUAACUUGUGAUAAGAGAAUCGCCAAAAUAUGGAACAAAAAUGAUGGUAAAGCGUACGCUUCCAUGGAACCAAGCGUUGAUAUAAAUGAUAUUGAACACAUUCCAGGCACUGGUAUGUUCUUCACUGCCAACGAGGGUAUUCCUAUGCAUACAUAUUAUAUUCCAAACUUGGGACCUGCCCCAAGAUGGUGUUCGUUCUUGGACUCGAUUACGGAAGAAUUGGAAGAGAAACCAAGCGACUCUGUUUACUCGAAUUACAGAUUUAUUACGAAGGCGGAUGUGCAAAAAUUGAACAUCCAGCACUUGAUUGGCUCCAAGGUAUUAAGAGCUUAUAUGCAUGGUUUCUUUAUCAAUUCAGAACUAUAUGACAAGGUGGCAUUGAUUGCUAAUCCAAACUCUUACCGUGAUGAAAGAGAAAGAGAAAUCAGACGUCGGAUCGAAAAAGAAAGAGAGUCGAGAAUCAGAAGUACUGGCGCUGUUACUAAGGCUAAGGUUAAGGUUAACAAGGUGUUGGUUGAUAAGUUAAGCGAAAAGCGUGGUGGAAAGGUCGCCGAAAAGGUGUUGGAGGACGACCGUUUCAAGGAGAUGUUCGAAAACGACGCUUUCCAAGUUGACGAGGAUGAUUAUGAUUACAAGCAAUUGAACCCAGUGAAAUCUGCUAGAGAAACUACCGAAGGUGCUGCUAAGCGUAUCAGAGCAUUGACGGCAGCCGAAGAAUCCGAUGAAGAAAGGAUAGCAUUAAAAGAGGGCAAGUCCAACUACUCUGAUGAGUCUGAUUCCGAGUCUGACAGUGACUCUGAUUCUGAGGUAAAUAAUAAGGAAAGAAAACAAGAAUUGACGGAAAAGGAGAAGAAGUUAAUCGCUAAACAGGUUGCUGCUGUCAAGCGUAGAAGAGAACAGAAAGAGCGUGAAGAAAAGUUCAUGAACGAAUUGACCGUUGGCCAAGUCGAAUCUCACCAAGAAGAUACCGUUAAUAUGACAUUCGACAAGAAGGUCAAGCAACUAAAUAAAGAACUUGCCAAGAAAUCUAAUGAUGCCAUUGUUCACAAAAAUCAUCGUGGUGAGGCAGAAUUGACCUUCGUUCCAAAGAAGGUUCCAAAGAAGAAGAAGCAAGUAAGGUACGAAGAUAAUAGUGAUGAUGACAGCGACGAGAGCAGUAAACCAGAUAACGGAAGGACAAAGCCUAGGUUCGACGGCAGAAGAAGAGCUUCUAAGAACGUAUUCCGUGGUAUGUAA